AUGGCGGACGAACAAUCGCACGUGCCGCGCACGAAAACGCGAUCUGCCUCUAUCUGCGCCACCAGCUUGGAGGCCUUCCCUUCACUGGGAAAUAUCACUAAUGGUGGCACUCCACAAAAUCGUCGACGAAAGCCAGCUAAUCGUUCACAAAGCGCCCGUUUAAACAGCAAUCGUUCAUUUAAGAAGAAGACUGCCGUUGCAGCUUCUAAUCCACUAGAUAAUAAAGAUCAUUGCAAUAGUGAACCAAAAUUAACAGAGCCAUCCGAAAAUACGCCACACGUUUCCCCUAAUAUCAAAAGAAAAACGUCAUCAUCAAAAAGAGGAACUUCAGUUUAUCACAGAAAAUCCACCGCAUUUCUUGAUGUUCCAGAUUCUCGCCCAUCGAGUGAAAAACAUGACGAAGAAAACGAAGAUUCUUAUCGUUUAAGAUCUUUCAGUUUCACUUCUAAAGGAAUAGUGAAUAGAGGAGAUUCAUUUAGAAGACGACGUUCACGAAGUAACAGUUUGUGUCCUCCAGUUUCUGGAACUGGAACAUCUUCAUUUCUUCUGAAUGAGUCUGAACCACCAAAUGUGCCUGUUUCGAGUUAUUUAGUUGCAUUGCUUGGUGCCCAGGGAGUUGGCAAAACAACCUUAAUUAGUCAGUUUAUGACUUCUGAAUGCAUAAAUGCAUAUGAUCGUCAGAAAGACGCAUUAGGAUUGGAGACAGUUUCGAUCAUGCUUAAUGGAGAAGAAUCCGAACUUACUUUUCUGAAUUUGUCCAGUGCUAAGGAAAUCGACAAAUUACAGCCCCCCGAUGCAUUUGUUAUUCUUUAUUCUGUCGUUGACAAAGCCAGUUUUUUAAAAGUGGAGAAUGAAUUAACAAGGCUUCAAGACGAUGACCUCUUAAGGUCCCGGCCUGCUAUCAUCGUCGCUAACAAAAUUGAUCUUGCAAGAAGUAGAGCUGUCUCUGCUCAGGAUGGAAAGUGUCUGGCUUGUACAUUCAGGGCAAAAUUCAUUGAAGUAUCAGUAGGGAUAAAUCAUAACGUGGACGAAUUAUUAGUUGGAAUACUAACACAGAUACGGCUGAAAACAGAAAGUUCCGAAAAUUUUGGUCACCAGCAACAAUGGUACAGAAGCAGAAGUAUGAUGAAGGCGAGUAUGAAAGCAAGGCAGAUGUUCACGUGGAUAUUUGGAAAGGAAGAUUCAAAAUUCAGAAACUGCGAGAACCUUCAGAUUCUAUAGCAACGAUCAUAAAAACUUUCCUAAUAAAUUAAUACAGUUACAUUAACCAUACCUUCCAGAUUAAAUAAAAGUAUUUUAAGUUGUAUAUUAGUAAGCAGGGUAAAAUUUAUUAUUCAUUACGGGAACAUUGAUGUUUAACAACUUUCUCAAAUAAAAGAUCUGUAAAUAAUAAAUGUUUCCAUGUAGUUUUUUAAA